CUAAAAAAGUGAAAAUUGAAAUAAUGAUUUUAUCAUAUUUUCUGAAUUUUGAUGUUUUUAAUAUCUGAAGUUAAUUGAAUUUGCUUCUCCGAAAGAAAUAGAGAGAAAGAAGAUCAAAAGGUUGUUGUUUGUUGUUGUUGCAUCGAUCUCGAAAAUCUCAAAUUGAUUGAUUUUGCUCACCGAUUUGUUUCUUCGUCGCCCGGCGAAGAUGAACGGCGGUCCUUCCGGUUUCCAUAAUGCUCCGGUCACGAAAGCCUUCGUCAUCACGAGUGCUCUUUUCACUGUCUUCUUCGGGAUCCAAGGUCGUUCGUCCAAGCUCGGUUUGUCUUACCAGGAUAUUUUUGAGAAGUUCCGGAUAUGGAAGUUAAUCAUGUCGACUUUUGCCUUCUCCUCUACACCGGAAUUGAUGUUUGGAUUGUAUUUGCUUUACUACUUCCGAGUUUUUGAGAGACAGAUUGGCUCAAAUAAGUACUCGGUUUUUCUCUUGUUCUCAGGGAGUGUAUCUCUACUACUUGAGGUCUUUUUGUUAUCACUGCUUAAAGAUACCACCACAAACUUACUCACCUCUGGACCAUACGGCCUGAUAUUUGCUUCGUUUAUACCCUUCUACUUGGACAUUCCUGUUUCAACGAGAUUUCGCGUAUUUGGUGUCAACUUCUCUGAUAAGUCAUUCAUAUAUCUUGCAGGAGUUCAGCUUUUACUAUCUUCUUGGAAAAGAUCCAUCUUUCCUGGAAUUUGCGGCAUAAUUGCCGGUUCCUUGUAUCGUUUGAACAUCCUUGGCAUCCGCAAGGCAAAGUUCCCCGAGUUUGUGGCUUCGUUCAUUUCCCGGCUUUCUUUUCCCUCCUUCAGUAACUCUCCUCCUCCAGCACCAAGCAGGAGCGUCGUUGGGACUAUAUCACCAAACACAGUGCGCCGAGCAGAGAGAUCUCAGCCAGCUCCAGUGACGUCAAGUGUGGAGCCAUCUGAGGAAGCCAUAGCUACAUUGGUAUCAAUGGGCUUUGACAGAAACGCAGCAAGACAGGCGCUCAUGCAUGCCAGAAAUGAUGUUAACUCUGCCACAAACAUCCUUCUCGAAGCACAAUCCCACUAAUUCAAAAUUGGGAAGAACCAGAGACAUUGUUAAUUCCAGUUUCAGAAACAACACAGUGAUGAAUUCUUCGGCUGUCAUUGGACCAACCUUUGGAGCCAACAUGUCUCAGCAUAUAUGAUCCGGCCAAAGAUCUGACCAAACCUUAUUUUGCGUUUGUAGUGUAGGAAAUUGCAUAGGUUAUGUAGUACAAAUUUGCAAGUUAAGAGGAAUACUGAGAAACUUAUCACUCUGUAACUUCAUGCAUAUACUCAAUACUAGCACAAAAACCUUUAUUA